CUGUCAGCCCUUUCGAGAGACGGCUCAGGGGGUCCCGUGUCUCGAGGGACGAGGAUAGGCAGAGCAUAAAGGACAUGUUUCUUUCCUCAAAACCACUACGAUAUCUUUCAAAUCUACAUCCGAUAUAUCUCGCACUACAUACAGCAGCACUCUUACAUCCUUCCAGCCCUCUAACCCAAAGACCCCUUCCCUCGCUCGCACGCACGCACGCACGCACGCACGCACGCACGCACACAAGAAAAUGUCCCUCACAACCCCCCAGCGCGCAAUCAUCAAAGCCACAAUCCCCGCCCUCGCCCUCCACGGCACAGCAAUCACCUCCUCCUUCUACGAAUCACUCCUAUCCGCCCACCCAGACCUCUCAAACAUCUUCAACGCAACCCACCAGUCCACAUCCCACCAAGCCCGCGCCCUCGCCUCCGCUCUGCAUGCAUACGCAACGCAUAUCGACGACCAGGCCAGUUUGAAGAAGAUGCUAGAGCUGGUAUGCGCGAAGCACGUUAGCCUCGGCAUCACGCCGCCCAUGUACACGCUUGUCGGCGAGGGCUUGAUCGCCGCGAUGCAGCGCGUGCUCGGCGAUCUGCCCGGGGGUGUGUGGAGUGCCGAAGUACGUGCUGCGUGGACGGCUGCGUAUUGGGAGCUUGCGAACAGUAUGAUUGCGCUUGAGCGCGCUGGCUACGCGCGUGUGGAGCACAGCAAUUGGGUAGGCUGGCAGACGUGUCGGAUUGUGCGAAAGGAGAUGGAGACGGAGUGUGUGACGUCGUUUUAUCUUGUGCGUGGGGAUGGGGCGGACGUGCCGGGGUUUGUGCCGGGGAUGUAUGUUAGUUUGCGGGUGCGUGUGCCGGGCGCUACUGGGAGUGGGGAUGAGGGUAUGUUGCAGGCGCGGCAGUAUAGUUUGAGUGAUGGGCCUGGAAGGGGGUAUUUGAGGGUUAGUGUGAAGAGGGAGGAUGGGAGGGGUGGGUUUAGGGGCGGGUACGUGAGUGGGGUUUUGCAUGGGAUGGGGGUUGGGGGGGAGGUUGAGGUUUCUUGCCCGGGUGGGGAUUUUGGGUUUGAUGCGGCAAAGGAGGGGAGUGUGGAUGGGGAUGGGGAUGGGAAUGUGCCGUUGGUGUUGCUGGGUGCUGGGGUGGGUAUUACGCCGUUGAUGGCGAUGCUGGAGGCGGAGAAGGGAAAGAGGAGGAUUACGCUGGUGCAUACGGCGAGGAGGGACGUGGAUAGGGUGUUUCGUGUGCGGUUGAGGGAUGUAGAAAGGGAGUAUGUGGGCUUGAGGGUUGUAUUUUUUACGACUUGUCCGGAUGAGGGGGAGACUCAGGGGGAGGAGUAUGACUGUCAGGGAAGGAUGGACAUGGAUAUUUUGAGAGAGCGGGAGCUGUUGCAUUUAGGGGAUGAGAGAACGCGGUACUUUGUCUGUGGACCGACGGAGUUCAUGUGUGCUGCAGAGGCGAAGUUGAAGGAGUAUGGAGUUGACAGUGAAAGAGUGAGAACGGAGAUGUUCGGAGUUGGAGGAGGCCAGUGAGAAUGGUGGUGUCAUGUCAGUCUAUGCUCGCGAUACUUUUUUAGCUAAUAAGCAACAGCACUUGCAGCAACAUGUCCAGAGCCUAGAGCUAUGUUGUCAUAGAUUUAGUUCUAGUAUGGCAGACAUAGCCAUAGUAUUUUGUUCGCGGUCUUUCCCUAGGAAAGUUUCGAUAUAUAGGCUUUGCUUACCUACAUGAUUCUCUGGUAAGUCAUGUUCGAAGAGGUAAAAACAGACAUCUCUUUCAUAGAGCCAGCUUGCCCGGUGCUGUAGUAUUUAGACUGCAGGCAGACUACCCGGCACUCCUUUGUGUAUAUACGAUCAGCUUAACCCUUCUUUCAGAGCUUUGUACUGCCUCGUGGGUACCUGCCGUCCAUCUCACGAAAUGGAACUUAUACUCCUACUUCUGCCACAACCAAUGUGUC